AUCAAAUCCACUUUAUUUCGAGGUAUUUGGCAAGUCGGCAUAGAGUACCCAAAAGAGCGAAGGGUAGGCCACUGGUGGUGUUAUAUUCUGGGGGGUUUAUGUGGUAUAUCUCAGGAUCUGUCACCGGUGGUCAACAGUAUGUCGAAAUACGGUCAUUUGACCCCUCGGUAUUGUACACACAACUCGCGAAUCAGUCCCUAUUGUAGCGUAAAUCCCACAAAGAGAAUCGAGAAGGCGGUCGAUUUGGAAAGCAAUUAGUCUUAGAUGGCCUGAUUUAUGCAAAUCGUCGCCGAAGUGCAUAUUUUAAAGUCGUGAAUAGAAGUGCUUUCCGUGCACGUCAAGCUGAACUCGUACUCAGACUAGUGCAGCUGACAUAUCAGAUUUGAGAUCUACAAAGGGAUAUAAAUAAUCGCCGUCUUUGACAAAGAAUAUUAUUACUCUGUUGAGGAAGUGGUCCAAGAUCCAUGACGGGAAAAUGGCUAGCUCAUACGCACGGUGCGAGCGAGCGGCAAAGCAACAACACGAUAACCAAGUAAAUCAGAAGUUUGAAAGUAUGGUGAAAGUUCUUCUAUACUUGGAGACAGAACUACAGUUCAAGGAAGAAUUACUGGAAUUAUUAUCGGAGGAUGAGCGAGUCCAGCCAAUCGUAAACGAGAAACUCGCCGAAUUGAACAAGCGAGUUCACAGUGAUCCCUGUGUCGCACUUGGACGGGAUGGACUUUAUAAUAAAGAAGUCUGGGAUGAAAGAUUUCGGGAUUUCGGCGGGUCGUGCCCGCAGAUGGAUCCUGUAGAUCACGUGGUUCGUACCAAUUCGCAUCACCUUGGCGCCUCAGCGGCGAUGAGAUGCGUAGAGCUCGCAGAGGAUCAACUAAAGAGAUACACCGAGACGUUCAUGACGCUGCAAAAAGCUGCUUACAGCUUGAAAAAGAUGAAGCAAAAGCUAUCAAAAGAAAAACAUCGCAGAAGCAAAGACUCAUCGACGACAGAGUCUCAAGAAAACCCGUCCGAAAUAAUCUCUAAACUCCAAGAGAAUAAUAAACUUCUAUACGAUAAGUUAUGCUGGGAGCGAGAGAGAGCGAACAGGUUAGAGAACCACGUGGAAGCGAUCAACGCUACCAUGUUGAGGGACAGACGAAAAAGCGGGUACAUUAUUAAGGUGCUAGUGGAGGAAGUAGAACAAAUAACGCAACAAUCCAAGAUGCAGAAUCACCUUGCUAACGGAUCCUACAUGAAUGGCUUUCAUGUGGAGACUGUGUAAAACGAAAUCGUGUAUUUAAUGUUCCUGGUGCAUAGUGGAGUCAUUGGCGUGGGGGUGUAAUAGUCAUCUUCGCCUUGAGAAUAGUGUGACCGACUUAGGACCUUCACAUUUCUGUCGCCCCCCCCCCCCCCCCCCCUCCUCUUGAUUAUAUCUUAGCACUGAGAGACCAAGAAGUCAAAGUGACCAGACCUUUGCGAGAGUGAGUAAAAAAGAGAAGUAAAGAGAAGAAUAACAGCGCUGGUUCGCUGUGCAUCCUGGGACGUGGUGCGCUAGCAACAUUACAAGUGAGCAGGGAGUUUCUUGUCCAAAACCGCUCUUCUGAGACACCAAAAUAGGAGGUCACAUGAGCGGCAUAUAACACAAGUAUUUUCCUCCAUAUUAAGAAAAACAUACCGUAUCACUUCAGCUCGUCUUAGAGUCUUGUGCAUUCCGGCCUUCGGCUUUAUACACGCCUUUUGUUUUUGUUAAAUUUGGCAGUUUUUUAGGACGUCCAAUAUGCUGCACACUUCUCUUUCUUAAUUUUGUGAUUUGUCAAAUUUGUAAGGGGAUUCGAUAUUCAUGUCUAAAUUUGUACAGGGACACUCUUUGUAGAAAGGUUUCAACAUUUAAAUUGUUUAAAGAAAAUAAGUACAAAUAAUUUUUAAUUGAUAGUUGUAAUGUCGUUUCUGUCUCGAAACUCAAGAAUUUACGGAAUGGAUCCAGGAUGUGCGCCAACCUCGUUUCAUAGGCAGGGCCGUAGCAGGGGGUGGGACACUAGGGAAUGUGCCCCCCACCCCCAAUAUUUACAAAGAUAUAAGGAAAUGACCAGUAGGGCCGUGGCUGUGCCCCCAAUAUGUUCAUUAUUUUUUUAUAUUGUGCCCCCCAAUAUUUCGCUACAGCCCUGAUAGGGCUUCCCUUGGCUCUACCAAAAAGCGAUGAGAAUAACCCUGAGGACAAGUUUCAGUAUGGACUAUUGUGCAAGGUAUUGGUUCACUUUCUCUAAACGCCAAAAGUAACGCCACCCACAUCUAGCAGAGAUCUCGGGGUCAAAGCCAGGAUAUAAGCCUAAUAAAUAGGGCACUAUAUUGUAAGUAGUAAAGGAAGUCUAUUCAAGUGGUUUUAGAAGCGAAAUAAAAAAUCUUCGGACUGGUCGAGAAA